CCACUCCUUUGUUAGCGUAGAGAAAGAGCUUAGAUUGUUCGCGAACGUUCCCGACGCCCAUCAUGCAUCAAACACUCAUCCUAAUCAAUGAAACAACACCCUUUAACUCAGAUAUUUUCUUCUUCUUCUUCUAAUCUACGUUCCAUUUCUUUAUAUAAACCCCUGCCUCUGCCCUUUGUUUUUCAACCCCCCUAUGUGCUUGCUUAACAGCAACAACAAUAUUGCGACAUUGACAGAGCUUGGGUUUUCACAACUGCUUCUCAGAUAUCGGGUCUUUUUUAUGUCUGUUUGGAAAUAAAAACUGGGUCGACGAUGGAGGCUGAACAUGGCUUACCAUCUUAUUAUAACGUUCUAGGGGUCAAGCUGGAUGCUUCUACCCUAGAUAUCAAGCGUGCUUAUCGAAAGCUUGCAAUGCAAUGGCAUCCAGAUAGGUGGACAAGAACACCUUCUCUAUUGGGUGAAGCUAAGCGUAAAUUCCAGCAGAUUCAAGAAGCCUAUUCAGUUUUAUCAGACCAGAGGAAGAGAACUCUGUACGAUGCUGGGUUAUAUGAUCCUGAAGAUGAAGAGGACGAGGGCUUUUCUGAUUUUGCAGCGGAAAUGAUCUCUCUAAUGGCGCAGACGAGGAAAGAGGAUGAAGACUGCAGCCUUGAGGAGCUACAAAAGAUGUUCUGGGAAAUGGCACAAGAAUUUCAGUCACCUUCAUGGUUUUGUGGAUCAGUUCAAAAUUCUGGGAGCCCGAAGAGGACAAAAUGGGAUUCAACUCGGAUGGGUGAUAGACAUUCACAUGUAGGUGUAUCAGGGCUCAAGAUGUAUGAAACCAGAAGUUAUUGAAGUUUCUGCUUUAAUUAACGACAGAAAUCAUUUGGACAAGGGAAUGAUACUCAUUCUAGUACUUCAUUGAUCCUCAUCUCAAAGCAGACGAUACCUGAAUCCCAUGAGCUUCUCAAAUCUUUGGGAACAAGCCUAGAAUGAUUGGGUAUGGUUACACUUGUUGGAUUUUGUAGUUGGGGUUUGGACUUUAACUUUUGUCAUGGCAUGGUGCUUUGUGAGCGGCUGGUCAGAGUGCUUCCGGAAUAUCUACACUCCCGGAUGGUAAUGUACACACACUUCCUUGGUGUUCACUGUAUGUAUAAUGUAGUUGAGCUAUCGUGAAUGGACCGUUUUCUCCAAAAUUGACUUCUUGUAUCUGUUUGAUCAGGAUUGCUAGUUUCUGACUGUGUUAUUGUAGUGAAAAAUAUGCUUCUCUCGACUGAUUAAGGCAGUUAUAUAAGCCUAGGAAUAAUUUGACAAUCAUUGAUAACAUUUGGAAUGCUGAUAUAAGCAGGAAAUCUAGAAAUAGCUAGCUGAGCAAAGGCGGCAACAAGGUCUUGGUGCUAUGUGCAAAUAGUUACUAUCUAAUUGUUUGAUUGCCAAAACAUCCUAUUGUAUUAUUGAGGCAUCCUGCUUCUUCUGUUUUCUUAAGCACAGGGCAUUAGAAGAGGGGGCCACUCAAUGAUCAAUCUUUCGGAGGAAUGAAAAAAUUGAGAAUGAAAUAUGUGGUGGAGAGCAUUACUAAGGUUUUUGUUUCAUUCUCGGAAGUGGGAAACACAUGUCCACUAAAAUGGGGAAUCUGCUCCACUUUGAUCAUUUAAACCAAUAAUAUAGCUGUAUAUGUUCUUUCAUAAGAAAACGAAGGAAAGGAGUUCUAUCAUGAAAAAGGGAAAACUAGAGUAGGACCCCGCAAGCCCACUGAAGAGGUAAACAUCACUGACCACAUCUGCAAACUCGCCUGAAUGCAAGCAGCCCAUUUAUCUAAUCAAAUUGGGCUUAUCACUGCAAUUUUGUCUGAUUUGUAGACGAUAGAAUCCAAAUCUUUUUCUCAGAUUAGUGAUGGCAGUUUUGAAGGCACUUAAUUAACACUACUGAAUCAUUGAAACCA